GUUGAGAAAAUAUUUUAAAUUAGUGUAAUAAAAUGUGUAAGUUGGUAAUGAAUAAUGAGUUAAGUUACUUGAUGCGCUGGCCCGAACAACCCGAAACCCGACCCGACCGCAACCCGCCCGACCCAAAACCCGAUGAACCCGCAACCCGAUUGAACCCGAACCCGAUGAACCCGCAACCCGACUAACCCGCAACCCGUUUGAACCCGAACCCGAUGAACCCGCAACUCGACUAACCCGCAACCCGAUUGAACCCAACCCGAACCCGCCCGAACCCGCCCGAUUGACACCUAUAGUGGUGAGCUAGAAUCUCCUUAUAUUGUUUGUAAGAGAAGAGAUAAGAGAUAAGAAGAUAAGAUUUGAAAUUAUUUAAGGUUAAUAUUAAUUAUUUUUAGGAUGCCAUUUUUUGUAAUAUUUUUGGCGAUUUUUUGAAGGUUUCAGAUUCUUCACUAAUGAUAAAGUCUAUUAAUCGCUAAUUUGGGCGGAUAUUUUAUGGAGGGCAUUUUUGUAAUUUUUUGGGGAGAUUUUUAGAAAGACCAUUUUUCUUGGAUUUUGAAGGCUAAAGAUCACAGAUUCGGCCUGAGACUAUAAUUCAUCGAUGAUUAAAUCCAUUAAGCACCGGUUUGGGCGAAUUCAUUUUCGACAUUUUCGUAAUUAUUUGUGCGAUUUUUUUUUCAGAAGGCCAAUUUCCUUGGAUUUUGAAGGCUACAGAUCAAGGAUUCGGCCUGAGACUAUUCUUCAAAGAUGAUUAAGUUCACUAAGCACCAAUUUUGGCGGAGUUCUUUCGUGUCCAUUUUUGGUAGACUCAAAAGGGGUACCAUCACGGAUUUCAGGCGAUUUUCCCGAAAUGCAAUUUUUUCGAUUUUGAAGACUACAUAUCACGGAUUCAGCCAGAUGUUGUUCUCCAACGAUAAUGAAGUCUAUUGAUCCUAUUCUCCGCCGAAGAUUAAGUCCAUUAAGCACCGAUUUGGGCGAAUUCAUUUCGGAUGACAUUUUCGUAAUUGUUUGGGCGAUUUUUUUGAAAGACCAAUUUUCUUGGAUUUUGAAGGCUACAGAUCACAGAUUCGGCUUGAGACUAUAAUUCAUAGAUGAUUUAAGUCUAUUAAAAAAUUACGAUUUUACGCUUUUUGGUCACCAAAACAAUUCUACAUAAAAUCAUGUUUUUUUUACUUACUAGUCAAAAUCGCGUUUUAAAACAUAAAAACUUACGAUUUUAACCUUUGAUAUCCCUAAAAUGCUUCUGCUUAGAAUCGCGCUUCUGACUACAUUGACGAGGAUCACGAUACAACAUACGGUCAAAAAACAUGUCAAUUGAAGAAAUCUAAAACUAACCUUAUUAAAUUGGACAUGUGAUUCAUAACUUCAUUUUAUACAAACCAUUGACUCAACUAAAUUAUGCUUGUAUAUAUAUACACGCCUGCAGUAGCCAAACCGAAGAGUUGACUCGAGUAUUCUAUAAACUAAACAUCAAAUUGUUCUUAAAAAGUCUGGCAAAUGCUGAUGCAAUCCCACAUUCUUGCUUGCUGCUAUAAAAUGGCUGCUUAUACUUCGAGAAAUAGCAUCACUCAACCAAGCCAUCACCUUCUUCUUCAUUCUUGCCUGCUAAUUAAUACAAAGAAAAUGGCUCAUCAUCUUCUUCUUCAUCUCUUCUUGGUAGCAUUGUCGCUGCUAAGUUUACAUGCCACCACCUUGCAGCCCAACAAUCCAGCAUCGUCGCCCUGUAAAGGGAAGCUAAGCAUUGGCAAGAACAUGGACGACGACGGCGGCUCGGGUCAAGAAGGGCAGAGAAGAAAGUUGCUACAGAAGAUGGCACCAGCGCCGCCGCCACCGCCACCGCCAGUGGUAAUUGUGAAGGUUCCUGGGGCAGGAGCCCCUGGAGGAAACCCCAGCGGUAAAAAGGAUAAGAAGGGUAAGGGUAAGAAAGGUAAGAAGGGUAAGAAGCAGUAAGGGUAAGGAUCUCAGAGUGACAAAGUGGCUAGUUAUUGGUGAAGAUUUGAUGUAACAGUUUCAUUUACUUUCCAGCGGUAAAAAAAUACUUUUUUUCUUAUAAAUACUCAUGAAGAUGUGAUGACAUGUAUUGGCUAUGAAGCAUAUUAAUAAAGUUUCUAAGGUAUUACUUAUUAGUAAAGUAUCAUAUUGGCUCAAUUCACGUAUAAUCUUGCAUAAUUAAAUUUGAAUUUUCAUUUUAAAUGAAGUUCAAAUCUAAGGAUUGAGCAAUUAAAACCUUUUUAUUUUCUCAAAUUUUCUUAAUCGGCUCUUAUUUUCUUUGUUCUAACUUAGAAUUCAAUUUUUGCGUAGAUGGAACGAGUCCGUUGUACUCUUUAAACUCUUUAAUUAAAAUGAUAUUCAUUUCAAUGUAUUUUGAGGAAAAAAAAUUCAUAUCACUCAUACCACUCUUUAGCAUCUCCAUACUAUAUGGUAUCUCCUACGUUUUUAAGUAGAUUUUGAAAAAAUUUAUACAGAACGAACGAGUUCAUCAAAUCUAUUGGAUCUACAAAUUUCUGGGGGGAAAAUACAGUACCAAAAAACACCACCCCCUAUACCAGGGUGGUAUAUAUCUUUUGGUACACAAUGUUGAAAAUUGUAAAUAACGGUUUAUAAAGUCCUACUAUCAUAUAUUCAACCGUACUAUAAUUUGACAUGUUCAUACCACCAUAAUACACUUCCAUACUACAUAGAAUGCUCUUAUAUAAUAAGAAACAAUACCACCGUGGUAUAGCUUGGCAAGGUCAAUAUUAAUUAUUUUUUUCUAGUUGAAAUAAGAUUAGUUGUAAUUAUCUUGGUAUUGAAUUUAUGUUUUUGUAAUGGAAGAAAGUGGAACUCAACUAUUCAAAGUAGGUUGUCAACCUAUAGUUUUUAGGACGAAUUUUUUAGAGGGCAUUUCCGAAAUUUUUUGGGCUAUUUUUCGAAAGAUCAUUUUUCUUGGAUUUUGAAAACUACGUAUCACGGAUUCGGGUCGAGACUAUUCUCCACCAAUGAUAAAGUCAAUUAAUUGCCGAUUUAGGUGGAUUUUUUUAGAAUGCAUUUUCGUAAUUUCUAGGCGAUUUUUCGAAAGACCAUUUUCCUUGAAUUUUAAAGGCUAUAGAUCACGGAUUCGGCCUUAGGCAAUUUUUCAUCAAUGAGUGAGUUUAUUAAGCACCGAUUUAGCGAAUUAUUUCCAUGGACAUUUUUGGCAGAUUCCAAAUCUGGCGAUUUUUCUUAAAUGUAAUUUUCUUUUGAUUUUGAAGGCUAUAGAUCACAGCUUUAGCCCGAGGCUGUUCUCCACCGAUAAUGAAGUCUAUUGAUCCUAGUCUCCACUGAAAAUUAAGUACAUUAAACACCGAUUUGAGCGAAUUCAUUUUCGGAUGGCAUUUUUCAUAAUUGUUUGGGUGAUUUUUUUUUCGAAAUGCCAUUUUCUUUGGAAUUUGAAGGAUACAGAUCACGGAUUCGGUUUUAGGCUAUUCUUCAAUAAUGAUUAAGUCCAGUAAGCACCGAUUUGAGCGGAGUUCUUCCUUGUCCAUUUUGGGCAGACUCCAAAGGGGUACCAUCACGGAUUUAGGGUGAUUUUCCGAAAUGUCAUUUUCUUUCGAUUUUGAAGGCUACAGAUUACGGAUUCAGCCGAGGACUAUUCUCCAACGAUAAUGAAGUCUAUUGAUAUUAUUCUUCACCGAAGAUUAAGUCCAUUAAGCACCAAUUUGGGGGAAUUCAUUUUUGGAUGGCAUUUCGUAAUUUUUUGGGCGAUAUUUUUCACAAAUCCAUUUUUCUUGGAUUUUGAAGGCUGCAGAUCACGAAUUUGGCCUUAGGCUAUUCUUCAACAAUGAUUAAGUCCAUUAAACAUGGAUUCGUGCGGAUUUCUUCCGGGUCCAAUUUUGGCAGACUCCAAAGUCCAUCACCGAUUUCAGGAGAUUUUCCGGAAAUGCCAUUUUCUUUCAUUUUUUAAGGCUACAAAUCAUGAAUUCAGGCCGAGACUAUUUUCCAACAAUAAUAAAGUCUAUUGAUCCUAUUCUCCACCGAAGAUUAAGCCCAAUAAGCCAAUUUGGACGAAUUCAUUUUUCGGAUUGCAUUUUUGUAAUUUUUUGGGCUAUUUUUUCGAAAGGCCAUUUUUCUUGGAUUUUGAAGGCGACAUAUCACGGAUUCGCCCUGAGGCUAUUCUUCAACAAUGAUUAAGUCCAUUAAGCGCCGCUUUGGCCGAUUUCUUCCGGGCCCAUUUUUGGCAGACACCAAAUGGGAACCAUCGGCGAUUUCAGGCGAAUUUCCCCAAAGGUCAUUUCUUCUGAUUUUCAAGGCUACAAAUCACGUAUUCACAGAGAGGCCAAUGAAGGCUAUUGAUCCUAUUUUCCACCGAAGACUAAGUCCAUUAAGCAUUGAUUUGCGCGAAUUUAUUUUCGAAUGGCAUUUUCGUAAAUUUUCUGGCAAUUUUUUCGAAAGAUCAUUUUCCUUGGAUUUUGAAGGCUACAAAUCACUGAUUCGGCCUGAGGUUAUUCACUAGCGAUGAUUAAGUCCAUUAAGCAUCAAUUUGGGCGUACUUCUUCCGGGUCCAUUUUUGGCAGACUCCAGAGGGAUACCAUCACCAAUUUCGGACGAUUUUCCUAUCUACCAUUUUCGUUCUAUUUUGAACACUACAUAUCUCGGAUUCAACCCGAGGCUAUUCUCCACAUUUGAUGGUGUCUAUUGAUCUUAUUCUCUACCGAAGAUCAAAACAUUUAAAUACCGAUUUGGUUGAAUUCAUUUUUGGAUGGCAUUUUCGUAAUUUUUCGGGCGAUUUAUUUCGGAAGGCAAUUUUCCUUGGAUUUUGAAGGCUACAUAUCACGGAUUUUCCCCGAGGCUAAUCUUCAACGAUGAUAAAGUCUAGUAAGCACUGAUUUGGACGGAGUUCUUCCGUGUCCAUUUUAGGCAGACUCCAAAGGGGUACCAUCACGGAUUUAGGACGAUUUUCCCGAAAUGUUAUUUUCUUUCGAUUUUGAAGGUUACACAUAACAGAUUCAGCCCGAGGCUAUUCUCCACUGAUAUUGAAGUCUAUUGAUCCUAUUCUCCACGGAAAAUUAAGUCAAUUAUGCACUGAUUUAUGCGAAUUCAUUUCGGAUGGCAUUUUUUUAAUUUUUUGGUAGAUUUUUUUCAAAAUGCCAUUUUCCUAGGAUUUUGAAGCUAUAGAUCACGGAUUCAGUCUAAGGCUAUUCUUAAACAAUGGUUAAGUCCAUUUAGCACCGAUUUAGGUGGAUUUCUUCCGGGUCCAUUUUUGGCAAACUCUAAAGGGGGUAUCAUCACCAAUUUUGGGUGAUUUUCCCGAAAUGCCAUUUUUCUAUUUUGAAGGCUGCAUAUCUCGGAUUCAGCCUGCGGCUAUUCUCCACAGAUAAUGAAUUAUAUUGAUCAUAUUCUCUACCGAAGAUUAAGUACUUUAAACACCAAUUUGGAUGAAUUCAUUUUCGCCUGACAUUUUCAAAAAUUUUAGGGAGAAUUUUUUCAAAAGCCCGUAUUCCUUGGAUUAUGAAGGUUACAGAUCAACUAUUCUUCAGCGAUGAUUAAGUCCAUUAAGUACCGAUUUAUGCGGAUUUCUUCAAGUCCAUUUUGGGCAGACUCUAAAGAGGCAUCAUCAUAGAUUUCAGGUGAUUUUCCCGAAUGUAAUUUUCUUUCGUUUGUAAGGCUAUAGAUCACAAAUUCAGCUAGAGGCUAUUUUCCAACGAUAAUGAAUUCUAUUGACCCUAUUCUCAACCGAAGAUUAAGCCCAAUAAGCACCAAUUUGGGUGAAUUCAUUUUUUGGGGAAAAAUCCGAAAGUACCACUGUUUAAAAAAAAUCCAAAAAUACCACCUUUUUCAAAACCGUCACCCCACCCUGCGGUUUACACGAAAACCGCUGGGCGGGGGGCACGAUUUUCUAUGCAAACCGCUGGCCUAGGGGCGGUUAUAAAAACCUAUAAAAACAGCUGGGUGGGACGGCGGUUUUGGUCCAAACCGCCAACCCACCCAGCGGUUUGGUCCAUUUUUUUCGAUCAACUCCUAAUUUCGGCCGAAACUUCAAACGAACGUAACUUUGCACUCGGGUAUCCGAUCGUAGCGGAUUUUUUUUUUAAUCCGAAUAACUUUUCGAGAUCUUGCAAGCUGCAAACAGCCGUAGGCAGUUUGGUCCCGCCUUCGUCUCGAAAAAACGUCAUUUGCUACCCCGAACGAGCCUUUUUUUGAUUUCAUCAAACUUUGGGCGGCCUUAACUUUGUGCUCCAAAAUCCGAACGUCAUGAAUUUUUUUUAAUUCCGCAUAACUUUUCAAGAUCUACAACUUUUAAGAUAAUCAUAAUUUCGAAAUGUACAUGGAUUUGUGAAAAUUAAAGGUUAAGUUAUUCCCAAGGUCCCGUAUAUCCACAACUAAUUCAUGUUUUGAAAAUUCCAUCCUAGUAAAAUCAUAUUUUCUCUUUUGACUUUUCUAAAAUCAUAUUUUCAUCCCAAACAAAGUUUAAGACUCCAA